AUGUUUAAGAAAGCAAUUAGCUUCAUUCACCGACCGCCUGGAGCAAAUAACGGUGAGAUGGAUGAAGAUCCUGGUAUACCCAGAGUUUACAGUGAACCUUAUUUCUAUGGACGGAUAACUAGACAAGAAGCAGAAGAUAUAUUGACUGUAAAUGGGAAGCAAGAUGGGCUUUACUUGCUACGAGAAAGCAUUACUCCAUUGGGGAAUUUCUCUCUCUCCAUGGCAUUUCAGGGAAACAUUGUCCACUACUCCAUAGAAAAGAAAAUUGAUGGCCAAUACACAAUAGCCGAUGACAUGGCAUUCACAGACCCAGUGGCUCUCAUUCACCAUUAUCAAUCUGGUCACUGUGGUUUUGUAACCGUCCCAAGGUUUCCCUGCUCUCGGUCUGCUGACCAAGAGGCAGUAGCAUUUCGUGGCCUCAGUUACAACGAUUUACAUUCCCUUAUGAAAGAAAAAGCCAGAAGCAUGAAUGCAAGUUUGUCAAGAGCCUUGGGGACUAUGAGGGAAUCUUUGUUGAUAUUGGUUCUGCGCAAUAUGCACGAGAGGAUGCCCUGGUAUCAUGGAGAAAUAACACGUGAGGAGUGCAUCAGAAGACUGGAAGAGUCGGGACACGAGGACGGAAAAUUUAUCAUUAGAAAGAGAGCAGACAAUCAGACAUUUGCCCUUACAAUGAGUUGUGACGGGCAGAUGCGUCACUAUUUCAUCCUGGUGAACGAUGGAGAGACGUACUCUAUAGAGAAUGGACAAAGGUUCAAAGCUCUUAUUAUAUUGGUGGAUCAUUACCAUAACAAAAGAGAUGGCCUUCCGUGUAAACUGACGACUCCUUGUCCUGCUCCUAAUAUCAGGCAUCAAGUUUUUGAAAUUAACUUGUUAUUAAAAAACCCUGUUUGUGAGUUUUCUAGUGGCACCCCGCCAAGACCAAAACCUCCAAGCUCUUUACCAGAUAUUGCCAAGCCGAUACCUCCUCGACUGCCUCCCAUCCCUUCUAGUGGGAGGACUCCAGACCGACCACCGCCACCUGUACCAGCACCUAAUGGUGCACCUGGGGUCGAUAUACCACCCAGAGAGAAGAGGAUUCCUUUCAUGGAAAAGUCUACAUCGGAGGAAACCACAGAUGAUGAGGAUACAGUUAAAACAUGUUUGCCAGACUCACCCAUGACCCACGAAGAUGCAGAAAAGUUGGAGAGCGUUUACAUUGAUAUCAGGGAGGAUGUCAUGUCCAAUGAUCUUCAGCCAGAACAGGUUAUAUUAGAGGGAAAGUUAGGAUCUGGCCAGUUUGGGGAAGUAAAGAAAGGUGUCUGCCAUCUUGUUAACAAGACUGUGCCAGUGGCUGUGAAAACUUUGAAAAAUAAUGAUCCUGCCGGAGAGAAAGAAAUUCUUAGAGAGGCAACCCUGAUGAAAAGGUUGGAUCAUCAACACAUUGUACGAAUGAUUGGUGUCUGUAAAGGUGAAAGUCUUAUGCUGGUGAUGGAACUAGCAGAGCUUGGUCCCCUUAAGAAGUAUCUGGAGAAACAUUUGGAAAUGAAGGUGUGGCACCAGGUGGAAAUGAUGCUUCAAAUUUGUGAUGGGAUGCAGUACUUGGAGUCCCGAGACGUUGUACACCGAGAUCUGGCAACACGGAAUGUAUUGCUCGUGACGGAACACUUUGCGAAGAUUAGUGACUUUGGCAUGUCAAGAAUGGUUGACAGCAACUCUGAGUAUUAUCAUGCACAUGGUCCGGGUAGAUGGCCACUCAUGUGGUAUGCCCCUGAAUGUUUGUACUAUCACAAGUUUGAUUCCAAGUCGGAUGUAUGGAGUUUUGGUGUCACCUUGUGGGAGAUUAUGUCCUUUGGAGCAAGACCCUAUGAUAGAAAGAGACCACAAGAGAUCUUGAAUUUUAUUGAAUCUGGAAACAGACUGCGCAAACCUAAAAACUGUGAUGACCGACUCUACAACAUUAUGUUGUCAUGCUGGGCACUCGAAAAGGGGAAGAGACCGACUUUCCGAGAGAUGAAACCAACUUUGGACCACCUAUAUAAAGAAUUCAAGAUCACUAAUAUGUGA